GUGGUCGCAGAAUGAUUAACCGCAAAUGAGGUUGUUAGAAAGCUGGGAGUACUAUUAGUUCCAAGAGGAACUACGGGCUCUUAUGCGGCAUAUAGAAGUUACAACGAGCAAGUCGAAGACCUCGAGCCCUGUUUUGAGGUCGUUCUUCACGUUAUAUCGGAAAUACUCGUCGACAUCGAUUACCAAACUACACGUUUACGCCGCUAUAAUACUUGGGGGGGGGUCCUCUUGUAUCUUCUAAAGUGGACCCGGCUAUACAAGACUUCUUUAUAGAUGCUAGGUUUUGCUUACAUACGAAGAAGCCGGUCCUCCCUGUGUCUCACGGUCGACUGUCUUCAGAGGUAAUAGAACCAAGCUCUCAAGUUUUGGCUAUCGUAGAAGAGUUGAUUAACAUGAUAUACAGAGGAAAUUUAUCACGGGCGACUAUUCAACUCGUAGACCAAACAUUUCCGCCACACCCUUCGUUCGCGAAAGCAGCAGAAUCUUCAAGGUUACAGCCUUUGGUAGCGAUUGAGCUGCAUAAGAUAUCGAGACAAGUAGAUGUACGGUCGCUUCUGACUAAGUAUCGACCCGAGAGCCUACGCUCCCGCAAGAAUGAUUACAGCCUCAUUCGCAUGCUACAUCGUGAAAUCAUCAGGUGCGACUAUAGUGCCGUACAUAGAUGUCUUUUGGCGAACACAAUCCCGGAUACUCCUCUAGAAGAAUCGGGGGUUGUACCAAUUCACCGAGACCUAGACCAAAUCGAAGCGUCGCUUGUUUCGGAAAAUAAGACAGGCACAAGGGCGUCGAAUUCGAUCGUGAUGGCCUUAAUUAUCGCGGGCGCUAGCCUCAACGUGCGAGACGAAAACGGUCGGACUCCCCUCAUACGAGCUGCUACGAACGAAUUGACCGACCCUAUAAUAUCGCUGAUGUUGGAAUUCGGAGCUUCUGUCCAGACCAAAGACAGGUAAAGGAACAUAGCUCUUCGCCAUGCGGCGAUGAAGGCUCCUUCAGAAGAAAUGGGCAAUAUUAAUACUAUCAGGGCCUUGCUAGCCCAUGGCGCCGACUAAAGCCUUAGGAACAAGAGGGGGCGCGCCCCUUUACAUAGAGCCGUCUUGUUUAAGUACUUCGAACGCGCUCGGGAGCUCUUGGAUUACGGAGCCGACUUAGAAAUAACGGAUAAUAAUGGGUGGACCCCCUUACUUUGUGCAGUCACCAAAGGGAAUUCGGUAUUG